AACAACAAUCUACUUUCUCUGGGGGUUGUCUUCUUGGCUUCGAGUGUCCAUGGAGGCGGCGCUGGAGGUAGAUACCACGGCCUCAUCCCCGGCAGGGUACCACCAGCAGGAGGAAGCGGAGAACAUAGCAGCUUUAUAAACCUUCGACCCGAAGUCACAGGACGCAGCAACUCUGGACAUGGGAUACUUGCAAAUGGAAAUCCUCAAAGAUCCUCGACCACUGGAGAAUGCUGUGUGGAUUCGCCAGCGGUUGAUGUGUAUGGUGGGAAUAGAUACGUAGAAUCCCACAGAUAUGAAGAUUUUCCUGGUGGAGGACACACAGGCUUUCAAGGUGGACAUAGUGAUGCUGUUCUCUCAGGUGUCCACAGUGCUUCCUUAGGUACUGGUGGACAUACUAGACCAAUUGAAGAACACAGUAGCCUCAUUAAAGGUCACAGUAGCUCAUUCGGUGAACAAAGUGUCCUAAUUGGACGACACCGUGGAUCAUUUGGAGAACACAGUGGCCCUAUUAAAGAGCCCAGCGGUACAUUUGGAGGGCAUGGUGGCCCAAAUGUAGGACAUGGUGGCCCAAUAGGAAGACAAAGUGGCCCAACUGGUGGACACCCUGGCUCAACUGGAAAGCAAAAUGGCUUCCUCGGUGGCCAUAGUGGCUCCUCUUCUGGUAGGAAUGAUGGCUCCCAUUUUGGUGGUCAUGGUGCCUCCCUUCAGGAUGGAAAUUCUGGCUCCCUUGGAGAUAGACAUGGUCGUUUCCGUGGUGAUAGAGAACACGACCACUCCUUUGGUCGUGGCUCCCACGACCCGUCGUCCGGUUCUGGAAGAUACGAGCCCUCUGGUGGUGGCGGGCAUGAUAACACCUUUGGUGGUGGCAGACAUGAUAACACCUUUGGUGGUGGCAGACAUGAUAACACCUUUGGUGGUGGCAGGCAUGAUAAUACAUUUGGUGAUAGCGGGCAUGAUAACAGCUUUCGUGGUGACAGGCAUGAUAGCACAUUUGGAGGUGGCGGGCAUGAUAACACAUUUGGAGGUGGCAGGCAUGAUAGCACAUUUGGUGGUGGCAGGCAUGAUAACACAUUUGGAGGUGGCGGUCAUGAUAUAUCACAUGAUGGACCUGCCGGGUUUCUUGGAGAUGUUACACACAAAACCAUCCCAGACGGUGGUCAGAAACUCUCCAGUGAUGGUGUCUACAAAACGUCCUUUGCUGGUAAACACAAACCUUCCUUUGGUAAUGAGCCCAAAAGCUCAAUUCGUGGUGGGGUCAAGUCAUCCCUUGGGAGCGAGGUCAAAAGCUUCCUUAAUGAUCGACAGAAAAGUUCCCUUACUAGUGACAUUAUUCAGCCCGAGGGCAGUAGACAGAGUCGUUUCCUAAACGUUAAACAGUCCGACUCUGCUAAUGGUAGACCCAAAGGCUCUCAAGAAGAAGUGAGGGAUUCGCUUCACGGAGGACGUAGUAGGUCCUACGAUGGUAAAUACAGUAGCCGCAAUGGUGAUGGUUUUAGUCGCUUUUCCAGUGGGCGGCGAGGAGGGGCAACAGCAUCUGUGUACUUUAACUUUGGUCCAUUCCGGGGUAGACAUGGCACAGAGGGUUCAAAAUCUGGUCAUGGAGUGACUAGCUCUUCUAGAAGCAGUGGUACAUUGUCUGGUCAUGGAGUGACUAGCUCUUCCAGAAGCAGUGGUUCUUUCUCUGGUCAUGGAACGACUAGCUCUUCCAAAAGCGGUGGUUCAUUGUCAGGUCAUGGAGUGACUAGUUCUUCCAGAAGCGGUGGUUCAUUGUCUGGUCAUGGAGUAACUAGCUCUUCCAAAAGCGAUGGUUCAUUGUCUGGUCAUGGAGUAACUAGCUCUUCCAAAAGCGGUGGUUCAUUGUCUGGUCAUGGAGUAACUAGCUCAUACAGAAGCAGUGGUUCUUUCUCUGGUCAUGGAGUGACUAGCUCUCCAAGAAGUGAUAGUUCAUUCUCUGGUCAUGGAGUAACUAGCUCUUCCAGAAGCAGUGGUUCUGUUUCUGGUCAUGGAGUAACUAGCUCUUCCAGAAGCAGUGGUUCUGUCUCUGGUCAUGGAGUAACUAGCUCUUCCAGAAGCGGUGGUUCAUUGUCUGGUCAUGGAGUGACUAGCUCUUCCAAAAGCGGUGGUUCAUUGUCUGGUCAUGGAGCGACUAGUUCUUCCAGAAGCAGUGAUUCUUUCUCUGGUUAUGGAGCGACUAGUUCUUCCAGAAGCAGUGAUUCUUUCUCUGGUCAUGGAGUAACUAGCUCUUCCAGAAGCGGUGGUUCAUUGUCUGGUCAUGGAGUGAAUAGCUCUUCCAGAAGCGGUGGUUCUUUCUCUGGUCAUGGAGUGACUAGCUCUUCCAGAAGCAGUGGUUCAUUGUCUGGUCAUGGAGUGACUAGCUCUUCCAGAAGCGGUGGUUCUUUCUCUGGUCAUGGAGUAACUAGCUCUUCCAGAAGCAGUGGUUCUUUCUCUGGUCAUGGAGUGACUAGCUCUUCCAGAAGCAGUGGUUCAUUGUCUGGUCAUGGAGUGACUAGCUCUUCCAGAAGCAGUGGUUCAUUGUCUGGUCAUGGAGUGACUAGCUCUUCCAGAAGCGGUGGUUCUUUCUCUGGUCAUGGAGUAACUAGCUCUUCCAGAAGCAGUGGUUCUUUCUCUGGUCAUGGAGUGACUAGCUCUUCCAGAAGCAGUGGUUCAUUGUCUGGUCAUGGAGUAACUAGCUCUUCCAGAAGCAGUGGUUCAUUGUCUGGUCAUGGAGUGACUAGCUCUUCCAGAAACGUCGUCGCAGCUGGUGGCAGUAUUCGUGGCCUAAGACUCAGAGGAAAGGUUUCAGGAGCUAUUGCAGGCACUAUCAACACGGUAACUGCUGAAGGUAGCCACACUGAUCCAGCUUCAGAAGGCUAUCUUGCAGGAAGACACGGUGGUCCGGGAGGAAUCACCAACGGACAUACAAGAACGCCGACAGGCUAUAGUACUGAUGCAGCAUCGGGAAGGGAAGUCGGUGGUCUUGGAGGAGGGCCUGAAGAAGCUAUCGUCGGUGGACACGGAGGUUCUUCAAAUGUCAACAGUGUCGAAAACGUUUCCGCUGAUGGUCAAGAUGUUCUUGGUGUUGGACGCGCGCAGCAAAGCAGGAACGGGCAUGAAAAGUUUUCAGAUAGCAAUGGUGUAGGUGAAGACCUCAGAGAACGACAAAUAGGGGCUAUCAUUGACGGCCUCGGAAGCUUUCCAGAUCGCUAUAUUGCACUUGGAAUUCUUGGUGGAGGACAAGGGAGCUCUGCCAUCAGUGUUAUUGAUGCCUCAGCUGGCUACAAUACGGAUGAACAUCUUGCCGGAGGAUUGGCAAGCAUUUCUGUGAAUGACGUCCAAGGAGGAUUUUCAGGAGGAGACGCAGGUGGUGGACAUGAUGAGUCAAGCACCAGUGGCGAUGGUGUACGUGGAAGACUCGGGAGUGUAUUAGUAACUAAUCAUGGAAGUCCUGAUGGAAGUUUCGACUUUUAA